GUAAACAAAACCAAAGAUAACAAACUCGCGAUGUUUUGUUGUAAACAGUGCUCAUAACUGUAAAUUUAUUAAGAGUUAAAUUAAAUUCCGAAGUCGAAUAAUUUGUAUAAAACUAAUCUAAAUUAUUACAAGAUGGCAACGGAACAACCUUCCGAAAAGUUGCUUCACGAUUCCCUGGUCGUGAAAGAGGAACCUCCGGAGGACGAUCCGGAAACCCCGUCUUUCUGCUACGAAACGGUGACCAAGGAGGAAGUCACCCUGGAGGAUCCGGCAGAACAUGCAACGGAAACCACCUCAAACGAGCUCCCGUUCAAAUGUUCCGAGUGCAAUAAGUCGUUUGAUCAUGUUACUAAACUUAACAGAUGCGUAAGGAGGCACAACGUAAUUAAAGCUGGACUCUUCAAGUGUAGUGUCUGUGAGAAGUCUUUUGUAAAUAACAUAGAGCAAUCCAGACAUGAGCGCGUACACCAGAGAGAACCAGAACCCAAACCACUCCAGAAAAAAACCAAAGCAGGACGGGUCGCCUCUCUAGCCGAUUGCAAAAUCUGUGGUAAACGCCUGAACAAGACUUCCCUCAAAAGACAUGAACUUAUAUUUCACGAGACGAAAACGGAAAGUGAGAAGCAACCCUCCGAAGAUGCCGUCGAAUCGUCGCCACAAUCAGAAGAAAAGGAUGUUCGACCAUCGUUGGGAGAAGGUCAGCCCACGGAGGGUCAGCAGAAGAAAUUAACGGUCAAAGCUUUGCAAAAACAAAGGGCCGAAAAAAGGAAAAAGUUCUUUCUGUCGAAGAUCCCUGCUGCUUCGGUAAAGAACCAAUCUGUUGGGAAUGAUGAAAAAGUUGAUCGUGCUCAAUAUUUACAGUCGUUUUUAGGCAAAAGAGGAACCAGGCUUCCUUAUGAUCUUUCCAAGCAAGACAAAGACCAAGACGGUUUCUUCAACUGCUCCAAGUGUGAAUAUAAGACUGAACAACUUAAUCUGCUUAGAAUUCAUUUGCGUGGUCAUAAGUCGUUGGAACUUGGCUUGUUCACGUGCGAUGUGUGCCAAAUGUGCUUUAAAACCAAUUUGAUACUAGUCCGUCAUAAAAAGAGUCAUGAUAAGGGAAAUACUUUUGAAUGCCAUACAUGCCACGAGAAAUUUAUAAACAAAUCGGAACUUUUCCUCCAUCGGAACGUUCACUCGAAAGUCAAAGUAACAAGGCAAUUCUUAGAACAAGUUACCGUGGAUGAGAAUGGAAUUUACACCUGUUCAAUAUGUGGCAAAACACAAAAAAACCGGAGACAUGCCACGAGCCACUUUCGCUUGCACACCUACGACAAGUAUAAGUGUGAAAUAUGUCAGCUGCGCUGCGGUGGUCUCAAGUAUUAUACACGACACAUGGAAACUCACGCAAAUCCGAGUUUCACAUGUUACACGUGCAACGAGAAAUUUGAAAACAGAAAAGGACUCAUCAGACACAAACAGACACACUUCGCUCGUGUACGGGUAUUUCUUGGCAUCGAUGAUCUCUAUCACUGCACCCGUUGUGAGGAAACAUUUCCUAGCAAACAAAUUGCCUUAAACCACUUUAAAACGCAUCCGUCUCCAAUUUUGCAAAAGGAAAGCAACUCUGAUGUGAAGCUGCAGUUGCAAACGCACAACGAAGCUGCGAAAGCUCAGGAUAACCUCAGCACAACGUAACCGAAAGGAUCAAUUUCAUGGUUUUUCAAAUAAUAAAAUUGAUUAAUAAUUAAUAAUAGCCAGCCAAAACAGUGUAUUAUGCCGGCACCGCAAUUAUCGAAAAAUAAACGGAAAACAACAUGUUAUGCUAUU